GCGCCUGCGCAUGCGCGCGGCGGGGGCGGGGCGUCCCCGAGCGGCCGGGCGCGCGGGCGGCCGCUGCCCUGCGCGGGCAGCCGGCGCCGCGGGGCGGAGGGCGCCAUGGGCUGGGCGGCGGCGCAGGGGCGGCUGGCGGCGGGGCUGCUGGUGAACCUGGCCGCCUCCAUCUGCAUCGUGUUCCUGAACAAGUGGCUGUACGUGCGGCUGGGCUUCCCCAACCUCAGCCUCACGCUGGUGCACUUCGCCGUCACCUGGCUCGGCCUCUACCUGUGCCAGGCGCUCGGCGCCUUCGCCCCCAAGAGCCUGCGGCCGCGGCAGGUGCUGCCGCUGGCGCUCAGCUUCUGCGGCUUCGUGGUCUUCACCAACCUCUCGCUGCAGAGCAACACCAUCGGCACCUACCAGCUGGCCAAGGCCAUGACCACGCCGGUCAUCGUGCUCAUCCAGAGCCUGGCCUACGGCAAGACCUUCCCGCUCCGCAUCAAGCUCACCCUGCUCCCCAUCACGCUGGGCGUCUUCCUCAACUCGUACUACGACGUGAAGUUCAGCCUGCUCGGCGUCGUCUUCGCCGCCCUCGGCGUCCUCGUCACGUCGCUCUACCAAGUGUGGGUAGGAGCUAAGCAGCAUGAGUUGCAGGUAAACUCUAUGCAGUUGCUGUACUAUCAGGCGCCAAUGUCCUCUGCUAUGUUGUUCUGCAUCAUACCCUUCUUUGAGCCAGUCUUUGGAGAAGGAGGCAUAUUUGGGCCCUGGACACUUUCUGCUGUGGUUAAACCAAAACCAUUAUUGCUGAAGUUGUUGAAGUUAGCUGGCGCAGAAAAGGACACUUUUACUAUGAAGGAGGUAAUAUUCUAUCUUGGCCAAUAUAUUAUGUCUAAACAAUUAUAUGAUGAAAAACAGCAGCAUAUUGUGCACUGUGCAAAUGAUCUCCUUGGGGAUUUAUUUGGCGUACCAAGCUUUUCAGUAAAAGAACACAGGAGAGUAUAUUCAAUGAUUUCCAGAAAUCUAGUAGCAAUCAAUCAACAAGACUCAACGCUUGUUGACACACCUGAGGAUGAUGCCAGGUUUCAGCUUGAAACAGAAAAUGUUUUAAAGGAAUCCAUGCAAGAGUUAGAAGAGAAGCAGACUUCACCAAACUUGACUUCCCGACCAACUACAUCUUCUAGGAGGAGAACACACAGUGAAUCUGAAGAAAAUUCUUCAGAUGAUCCGCAUAGUGACAGAAGAAAACGUCACAAGUCAGACAGCAUUUCGUUGACGUUUGAUGAAAGUCUCUCAUGGUGUGUAGUCAGUGGGCUGUGCCGUGAAAGAAGCAAUAGCAGUGAUUCAGCAGAUUCUCCUUCCAUUCCUGAUCUUGAUGCCAGUUCACUAAGUGAAAACUCUGAUUGGUUUGACCACAGUUCUGUUUCAGACCAGUUCAGUGUAGAGUUUGAGGUUGAGUCAAUUUAUUCAGAAGAUUAUAGCCAUAAUGAAGAAGGACAAGAGCUCACAGAUGAAGAUGAUGAGGUAUAUCAGUUGACUAUUUAUCAAGAUGAAGAAAGUGAUGCUGAUUCAUUUGACGAAGAUCCAGAGAUUUCUCUAGCUGAUUAUUGGAAGUGUGCUGAAUGCAGUGAAAUGAAUCCCCCGCUUCCACGACAUUGCCACAGAUGCUGGGCCCUUCGUGAGGACUGGCUUCCGGAUGAAAAGAGUGAUAAACCGGAAAAAAGUGAAUUAGAAAGUUCUUUGCACCUGGAGUCUGAAGAAGGUUUUGAUGUUCCCGACUGCAAGAAAGUGAAAAUGACUGAAGAUAAAGAACCAGCUUUGGAGGAAAGUGAUGAUAAAGCAGUACAAAUCUGUGAGUCCCAGGAAAGCGAAGAGUAUUCUCAGCCGUCUACAUCUAGCAGCAUGUUUUGUAGCAGUCAGGAGGAUUUUAAGGAACCUGAGAAAAGAGAAGUGCAGGACAAAGAGGAAAGUAUGGAAUCCAGUCUGCCCAUCACCAGCAUAGAGCCCUGUGUCAUAUGUCAAAGCAGACCUAAAAAUGGCUGCAUAGUACAUGGCAAAACAGGACAUCUUAUGUCAUGUUUUACAUGCGCAAGAAAACUUAAGAAGAGGAACAAACCCUGUCCAGUGUGCAGACAGCCCAUACAGAUGAUUGUGCUAACUUACUUUAGUUAGAAGGAUGUUGAGUGGAAAGCAGCAAAUGGAGCUUCAUAGACUGGUACAGCAAAUAAGAGAGUAAGAAACUAUUUUUGUAUACUUAUUGGAAUAUUAAUAUUUUGGGUGUCUUUACAUUUGAUGUGGAAGGUGGUGCUGAAAUCAAUAUUGCACUGGAAUUGAUAGAGUUUAGCCUAAUACUCAGUCAAUUUGAAGAUUUUAAAUCCUUCUCAAUAGAAAUAACCCAUUUUCUAACAGUCUGCCUUUCCAAGUGUUUUAUGUUGCAAACAGGUUAAUAACGUUUGAAUUACUGGUUUAAGCACACAUUGAAAAUGAAUUUAGUGGUUAUGAGGGGAGAUAUAUUUUUGAAGAGUCUGUUGAUGGUGAUUCCUCCUCUUAAGAAGAUAGAAGACCUUCUAGAUUCCAGUAUCUGUUGCCUGCUGAAGACAACUGGGCAAAAAUUAGAACUCCGAAUAAGUCAGUAAAAUAAAUGAAUAGAAUCUUGUCUCCCUCAUUCCCAAGACUUAAAUUCCUCCCAGUAGUCAAAUUAUGGGGAAAGUCUUUUAGAUACUUACCAGUAAAUGAGGGAAGAUGUGGUAGAAAAUCAUUUAAGGAUUUGGAAAUAGAAUAGGAAACAGUGUCUUUUAUAACUUGCAUUGUAAACUUCACUGCUGUAUGAAUGUGUUCUGAGAAGUCAUGGACUUAAAUUCAGUCUUACAGUUACCUCUUAAACAUCCCAAGAAAUAGGCUCUGAAAAGAUUUUGUGAGAUUCGGUGGGUGGUCUGUGCUGUGCUGUUGAUUAUUUUAGCAGUGUGCAUAAGACAUGAAACAGGCAAGGAAAAUGAAGGAUUGUCUAUAUAAUAAGUUGUGCAAAUUAGGCAAUAUUGGGGGAGAUUUGUAUUUUUUCUGCAGUGGUUUUUGACUUCAGCAGUAUGUCAUACAGCUUGAGCACUACAUUCACUUGAAUAAAUAUUAAAAAAAUCCACCUCUAGUUGCAAAAACAAAUUGUGUAGUUCUAUUUCAGGUAGAUUUUUUGUUGUUGUUGUUAGGUUAAGUAGUCUUUCUUACUUCUUUGUAUCACAAGAAUUUUGAAAAUCUGUUGCCAGGUGUUUGACUAAUUUAAAUAUUCAAAGACCGUAAUAUGAAAAUUUGUCACAAUUUGAUCUGACACUUACAGCUUUUAACUCUUUUCUCCUUACUAUACUGGCCAAAAGCUUUGUGAAACUUAUCUGUUCCUUUAUUAAGAAGUUUACUAAGUUCUGUGGUGAAUUCAUAGAAGGUAAUGUGAGGAUGUAUUUGUAUGCUAAAAUAUCUUCAGGAUAUGGUUAGAUUAAUUUGAAUUGCUUUUUAGAUGGAUAGUUUCUGCACCCAUGAGUUGUAUUUCUUUUUUCCUUUGGAAAACUAAAUUUAGGAAAAGAAUUGCACAUUUUAGCAGCUUUUUAAUUUUAGAGGUAGUCACUACUAGUCUGUCCAACAGGGAGAAUGGCAGAUUAGUAGCUUUUGAGUCAAGAGAGUUCCAUGUAUGGAGAUAUAACCCAAAUGCAGAAGUUGUAUGGUUUUUACCAUCCUGCAAGCCUAGGUUAAAUAGCUUCCUUAACUUAAAAUACUAGUAUAGAACCAUCAAUACCUGUGUACUAGUACAAAGACUUACUGUUAUAACUGCUCUAGUGUCAGAACUGAUACAGUUUUUCUAGUAUAAAGUAUCUAUAAAUCAGGAGCAAAAACACCCUGAAUACAAGGAAGUACCUAGGCAAAUGACAAAUAAAAGGAACUAAAAGUUGUACAAUACAAACUUGUUAAACACUUGAUUAUUAUUUGCCUGCAAAGAAAUUCUGUGAUAGGUAAAGACUGAGUUACCUGGGUCAUGUGUGUGUGUUGUGUUGUUUUGUUUUGUUUUGUUUUUCCUCCAUUCUUGAAGUUAUAACUUAAAAGCUUUGGUCGACAAUAACCUUUCAUGCUGGGUUUUGAUAAUCCUUUAGUCUGAUACAGGAAAAAUCCUUUGUGCUAUCACUGGUAUGCAUGCUUUGUAUGUGUUGGUCAAAAAUGUUGCAGAUAGCCUCACCGAGUUGAAAUUGUGAUGAAGUAUUUACUAAAGCUUAAAUAGGUUACAGCACUUCUGUGAAACUGUUCUGUUGCAGCAGGACAGGUCUUUACAUUUUCAGGCAGUGACACUUCUAACAGAUGGUUACCUGCCUUAAUUCACAGCUGCUUCCUGUUAUUUUUUUCUUAUGUUACUUGAUAAAGUAUAGUGAAGCUUCAAAGGCCCGUCCACUGCACCUGCAGAUCAGAACCAAACAGUGGUCGUAUCUUGCCUGGAGUCUCUAGCUGAGAGAGAACUGAGAAGUUGUAUGCUCAGGAAGAGCAUUGAUAAAAUGGGGAGUGUGCUAAGGAAGCUUUAUCCAUUACGCUGCCUUAAGCUUUUUCAGUUUCAUACCUUCUCUAUGGUCACUGUAACUGCUAUGUAACUACAGUCAUGGGAGAGCAGCUAUUCUUAGUUUUUAUUGGAACAAAUUUUAACAUCCCUGUUGUCCUCUGACAGCCCCUUAAGUUAUCUUUGUAAUUGGGGGGGGGGGGGGAACUCUCGCAAAAAAGCAUGUAUGGUCAGCAUAGUGACCCUUGUUAUUCACAGUUACUUAGCUUUGGAAUUUCCUUCUAAUAACAUUUCAUCUCCCCCUAAAGCCUUUUGCCUUGGCAUAAGGUAAAAGGAGAGCAUACAGCACAACGGAUUUUUCCCUUUUGUGAUCUAAAAGUUUACUUCCCUAGCAUUUCUUCUUCUGUGGGGAACAGCCAUGGAAAUACCCUCUACUCUGUACAAUACUAAGGAAAUGGGGAAUUUAGGGUUCUGCAUCCUUGGAUAAACUAGUGUGGCAGACUGACUCUUUGUUCUGAAUUGUAUUUUUUUGCCUUAACAAUUUUUAACACUUUCUAGUAAGUGUCAGAUGGCUUUUUUCAAAACUUGCUUUACAAAUGAGGAAGCGAUGAGUAGCGACAUCUAGCCCCGUUCCUGUCAUUCCUGUGAAGAAGCUGGCAGGUGAGCGACAGCUCCUCUAGGUGCGCCGGCAGGGGCAUGUGCGCGUGCAGCAGUCUGCGGGAAGUGCUGAGGGCCGGGACUGACUCGGCGCAGGUGUUCAGGCACUUACUUGUAACAGACUGGCCUUUCUGAAUCUGUCUCUGUUAAGUCACUUUGACCUGUGCUUGGACCUCUGUAAAUGUAGACAGAAGAAAUGCCAAAAGCAGUAAUGGCAGCGAGCCUUAUAUUUAUCACACUGUUUUUUGGACAGAUAAACAAUUAUUUGUCCUUGAGUAGUAGUCAAAAUUGGCACAGAAGUUCACACUUGUACUUAGAGAGCUCUCGGAUUGUUAUUUAAUACCAUAGACGUUUUAAUCUUUAAUUUAUUGCAGUUUGUACAUACUCCUGUGCAUACAGUUAGUGUUUUGAGCUUUAAUUUAUUGAAUUAGUCUAUUGGUACGUGUAUAGACAAAAAUGUGUGUACACUGUAAAUCACAGUUACAAGAAGAAUAUUUAAUAGUAGCAUUAAAAAUAAAAAGGCAGGUAUAUUGCAAACGAAGAGGCACAUAAGAAGAUUUAUGGCUUUGUUUUCUUUUUUCCCUUCUGUUAAUACAACUAGUGAGUUAUAACCAUACAAGAUGUACUAAAUGACAAUAGAGAUGGAUGCUGAUACAACAUUAAUGUAGUGAAAAUAUUUUGGUGCUGUUUUCCUUUGGAAUGCUUUUGCAUCUCUGAGUACAACCAAGAAGCUAAAUUACUACUUCACUGCCCUAAUAACAUUAGGAGUCCUUAUCUGGAAGAUGUGGUGAUAAGAGGAGAGGAUUCAAGUUUGACUUAUAUUGGGUGAUAAUUUCUUUUGCCCUUGACUAUGUGAGCAAGAAGGUUAAAGGAAUGGUCAGACGUUAACAAAAUUUGAAAGUAUACAAUUAUUUUUGGUAAUUGUCUUAGCUUUCCUGGUUCAGGAGUUGAAUUUCAAUACUAAAAGAAAUUACAUUGUGAAAAAGUCAUAUUUAAUGAACAAGUGGUUUUAUUGUACUUUAUAAAAGAGAGUAACUAAUUUUUGGUAGUAUUUGUAUAUGAAUUUUGUCUGCCUGAAGUGCAUGAAGGAGUAGGCUAAAAGUGCAGAGUACUCAAGACAGAAGCCAAAAUUACUUUGUUCUAGUACGUCUAACGUUUCUCAGAAAGGCUAGAAAUGUUGAAUACUGAAAUAUUUGAGAAUCUUUAAUAGCGAAUCUUCACUUCAGAUUUUCCAGUUUAUAGUCUGCUGCUUUUAUCCUUUAAAAAUGUCACACAGCUGAUAUGUUAAGUAGCUGGGUCACUGAUUCUAUUUAAUAUUCACUGCAAGGAUUACAUUUUUGUUGAACAGCACCUGUGGAAUACUGCGUAUUAGUAUCAUUAACUAGCACACUGGAGCAAGUAUGUGCCAUGUUAUUCCACAAAUGGUUAUAGCCGCCACUUUAGUUAGCAGGUUGAUAUAGAAAGAAUAAAAGUUUACAUAGUUGUUGAUGAAAGGUGUUGCAUUUAUUUCUGACCAUUCUUUUGUUCCAUUUUCUCACUCAGUUCCAUUUUUUGUAAACUUGUUUAAAUGUCACUGUCUCUUAAACUUCUGUGUGUUUGGUUAUGAGGCCAAACACAAAAGACUCAGAUUUUUCCUCUUUAAGUCUAAUACGAAGGAAAACCAAUUCUCAUUCUUACAGAAAGCAUCAACAAGAAUAAUUGUUUGUUUCAGGAAACCCUGUUACUGCAGGAAGGACUAGAAAAUUACUAGAAGCACAGUGAAACUGAAUAAACUGAAAUGAAUAAAUAGCAGCUGUAUACAGAUGAAAAACUGUUUUCUUCCCUCCCUUAAUCUAAAGUUGCUAAAAGAAAGAAGUUGAAUUUUUAACUUUAACUGGUUUAAAAUGCUAAGUAAUUUACUCAGUGUUUAUUUGCCUACAUAUAUGGUUGGGCAGCAGUUAUCCCAUGAAGAUAGAUGUUUUGUUGCGUAACACUUCACUCAGCCUAAAAAGGAUAUUUGCUUUUGUGGUACUUUCCUGUGCAAUGUGCAAAAAUGACUCUGAGAGGCACGAUUCAUAUCUGGCUUAAGUUUAUUUGCUGCUCUCACUUGAUUAUUCACAAUACAGGCAGGUAGAUGCAGACUGUGUGUGUGUGUGGGGGGGGGGUGUCACACAUUGCGUAGCAUGGUUGUACUCUUAAAUACACGUUGCACUUUGAAGCUCCAACAGGCCCAUGUGUCACUGAGAACAGCUUUCACUGCUGGCAGGCAUCUCUCUGGUCCCAGGAGGGGGUUAACUACUGUCAGGCAGGGAAGGUUCCCAGUCAUGCGUAACAUCUGAGGCUUGCUUUUCUUUUUCUUUUUCUCUUUUUUUUUUUUUUUUUUUUUUUUUUUUUUUGAGUCACUUCGUAGUUUAAAGGUUGUGCAAAGUGUAAAUAAAAAAAACAAAAUAAAAACUAAGUAUCUUAACAAGGGUAAGAACUUACUGAAAAUGAAAAAUUGCUGCUUUUAGCUGAUGCAUGCUUUUUUUAUACAAACUUCAAGCAAAUGUAUCUUUGAAGUAUAUAUUAUACAUGUAAAAUUUGUUGGUUAAAAUGUGUUAUUGCCCUUUUUUGUAAAUGUUGCUUUAAAUUAAAGAGCAUGGCUUUAAAGGAGAGUUCUUAUUUUCACACUGAAUUAAUGGACAUCAGCAUGAUGAUUACAUAAAUCCUGAAAUAUCAAAUAGUUUCUCCAAAAGCAGAGUCUUGGAUUCUUUUCUGAGUACACAUAGUUGAAUGAUUAUUAAACAUUGUUUAAUAAUGAAUUUAAAUAACUAUGCAAUUUUGCCACCACUCAGAUACACACACACUUUUUUAAUGGCUUAUCAUUUUGCAUACCUUCUGCACAGCCCUUACAGGUGGUGUACAUUCAGCAACCAUUAAAGUAAAUAUCCAUUCAAGUUGCACAGAAUAUAGUUCCCUUUAAGAGAAGAACUUUCAUGUGUAUUGCAUUUAUGUCUUUUAGUGUUACGUUUUUCCUUUUCUGAGGAAACUAAACGUUGUGUUUAAAAGCUUUAAAUAAAGAUUCUUUUAUAUAUA